UCCCAUGGCGGCAUGGAGUGGUUAGCUCACACACCUCAUCACAGAUUCACAGUAUCACACACACAGACACACAAAAAGCAUAGCCAUUAGCCAUAGCCAUGGGAUUAUCUACUGCUAGCAGCAGUCAAUUAGUAGCAGGAGAUAGAUAAUUAAGUGGAAGCAAAUGAUGAGAGGAGAUUUGGUUAAUCCAUGGAGGGAGAGAGAGAGAGAGAGAGAGAGGAAGGAGAUGUAGCUUUCCAUUACAUGUCAUCGCCAGCGAGCAAUAACUCCGAGCAGAUGACAGGCGGCUCAACGGAAGUGGGAUUCUGAGGCCAAUUUAUUCGCGCCCUAAAUACGCCUACCCACCCUCUCAAUCAGAGCGAGACGCCGGCGUACGUAGCUCGCCGUCCCCUCCUCCUCGCCCCGAAUUGCGGCGCCUCGGAGAAGGAAGGAAGUCCAGGAGGGGGCAGCAGCGGCGGCGGUGGCGACCAUGUCGUCCGCCGGGCAUGGCGCGACGAGGGGUCAGGCGUGGUUCUGCACGACGGGGUUGCCGAGCGACGUGGUGUUCGACGUGCAAGACAUGAGCUUCCACCUCCACAAGUUCCCGCUCAUGUCGAAGAGCAGGAAGAUACAUCGCAUGGUCAUGGAGCAGGAGGAAGAGCAACCGCCGCGGAGGCGGCGGCGGCGGCGGAGGAGGAGGAGGACGACGAGUGAGGGAAGCAAUGCCGGUGAGGAAGGUGCUGAGCAGACGGAGAUAGAGGAGGCAGAGGAGGUGGAGGAGGAAGACGAGGAGGAGGAGCAGGCGAGGAAGGAGGAGGGACGACCGUACUGCAUUGUGUUCCCGGACUUCCCCGGUGGGCCGGGCACGUUCGAGGCGGCGGCGAAGUUCUGCUACGGCGUCCGCGUCGAGCUCACCGCCUGGAACGUCGUGCCGCUGCGGUGCGCGGCGGAGUACCUGGAGAUGACGGAGGAGCACGCCGAGGACAACCUCGCGGCGCGCGCGGAGGCCUACCUGGAGCAGACCGUGCUCCGGCACCCCGGGGAGGCCACCAAGGCGCUCAAGUCCUGCGAGGAGCUGCUGCCGCACGCCGAGGAGCUCGGCAUUGUCGACCGCUGCGUGGAGGCCAUCGCCGCGCGCUCGUCGGCCGCGUCGCGCUCCUGGUUCGACGACCUGGCCGUCCUCGGGCUGCAGAUGUACAAGCGGGUGAUGGCGGCCAUGGCCGAGCGCGCCGACGUGAGGACGGAGGCCAGGGAGAGCUGCCUCGUGUCGUACGCCAAGGGCACUAUCCCUGGCCUUUCGAGGUCGAUGCGGCGGCGGCUCGCGUCGGCGCCGGUGUCGUCGGAGGUGGAGCAGAGGGAGCUCCUGGAGGCGGUGGUCGCCAGCCUCCCCGCCGACAAGUGCUCGGGGCGCGUGGUCACCGCCAAGUUCCUGUUCGCGCUGCUGCGGACGGCGCACAUCCUGCGCGCGUCGAACGCCGCGCGCGCGGCGCUCGAGCGGAAGGCCGCGACGCAGCUGGAGCACGCCACGCUGGAGGACGUGCUCAUCCCGAGCUACUCCGGCGCCACGGAGACGCUCUACGACGUGGACUGCGUCGAGCGUGUCGUCAGGCACUUCCUCGCCGAGGAGGAGGAGCUCGGCGAGGCCGAGGCGUCGACCUCCGCUGCCGCAAUCACCGAAGAGGCGGCGGCGGCUGCCACGACGCUGUCGCGGCCGUCGGCCGUUGCCAUGGUGCACGUGGGCAAGCUGGUCGACAGCUACCUCGCCGAGGUCGCGUCCGACGACAACCUGAAGCCCGCCAAAUUCUGCGAGCUCGCGCUCGCGCUGCCGGACCACGCCCGCAUCUACGACGACGGCGUCUACCGCGCCGUCGACAUCUACCUCAAGGCGCACCCGCGGUUGACGGCGGAGGAGAGGGACAGGGUGUGCGGCGUGGUGGACGGCCGGAAGCUGACGGUGGAGGCGUGCACGCACGCGGCGCAGAACGAGCGGCUCCCGCUGCGGGCGGUGCUGCAGGUGCUCUUCUUCGAGCAGCUGCAGCUCCGGCGCGCCAUCACGGGCACGCUGAUGUCAUCCUCCUCCGGCGCCCCACAGGCACGGCAGCACCGCCACUACCACCAGCAACCCCGACCGGCGGCGCCGUCGUCGUCUCGGCACUCGGUCGAUGGCACCGGCGGCGACGCGUGGCGGCCGGCGGCGAUGCAGGAGAGCCAGGUGCUGCGUCUGGACAUGGACAGCAUGAGGAACCGCGUGCAGGACCUGGAGCGGGAGUGCUCCAGCAUGAGGAGGGCCAUCAAGAAGAUCGACGGCCGCGGCAGCAGCUGCAGCGCCGCCGGGUCGCCCCGCCGCAGCGACGCCGGCGACGCGUCGGCCGACGGGUCGGCGCGGCCGGCGAACUGGCGGUCGCGGUACGGGUGCAAGUUCAGCACGCAGGUGUGCGACUCGCACGCGCGCAACGUGGUGGCGUCGAGGGCGUCCAGGAUGGGCAUGAGCCCAUAGCCACAGCCAUCGCCAUGGCCCGUUCGACUCUACGAAUCGUCAGAAUUCUCGACAGAAAUGUACGCCCGAGAUGAAAUUUUUUUGAUAAAUUCUCCAACAUCGUGAAUCCAAAUCCAGCAUGGUUCGUGCACACGGUAGGGAUCCAAAUCCAGCAUGUGGUGUAUCAUAUGUACGUACGGAAUGCCAUUUGUGAAUGUGGUUACGGGUUCUUUCAUGGCCUGUCAUCUGUUCGUUCCAUGUGUGUGUUGUUAACUUUUGCUUUUGUGCGGAAGAUCGGUCUCAAUGCAUAGUUUAUAGUAUAAUUAUCAAAAUUAUAAGCUAGUUAACUGAGCUAGAUAAGUUUUAUAGGGAUGAAACUAUUCUCUCAUUUAAUGACACUGUCAAAU